AUGGCUUCUGAGAAAAGACUAAUUACCAUAUACAACCAAGAAAACACGUACAGAGCAAAAGAAAACCUUUUUUUCAAAGCAGCAAAGGGAAAUAAUGUGAAACUUCUGAGAAGGCUAAUUAAAGAGAAUAUUAAUCCAUCUCUAAAAGGUGCUAUGGGGGAAAAUGUGUUACAUGUUGCAGCAUUGUAUAACAAUAUGGAAUCACUAUGUAUGUUACUGGAUGCUUUCCCUUUUCUAAUCAACACACCAAUAGAAUGUGACAUUUAUAAAGGGGAGACGGCGCUACACAUAGCAAUCAUCAACCAGAAUAUAGAGAUGGUUAAAGAGCUGAUUGACAGGGAGGCUGACAUGUACAACGCUUGCGCUAUGGGGACAUUUUUUGCACCAAGCAAGAAAGGACAUUAUUAUUAUGGAGAAUAUGUCAUUUCGUUUGCUGCUUGUGUGGGAAAUGUGGAAAUUAUCCGACUACUAGUUGAGAAAGGAGCACCUUUAGAUGCCCAGGACAGUCAAGGUAACACUGUAUUCCAUAUUCUGGUUCUGCAUCCAAAUAAGACUAUGGCCUGCAAGACAUAUGAUUUCUUGGCAUCAUUAAUUUCAAAAGAACACGUUUCUUGUUUGGAAAGUAUUACAAACAAAAAUGGAUUGACUCCCUUAAAACUGGCAGCACAAGAAGGAGAUGUGCUGAUGUUUAAUUAUUUCAUGGAAAAGAAAAAACAUGUAUACUGGACUUUUGGCCCCCUAAAGUCUACACUGUAUGAUUUAACAGGAAUUGACUCGUGGAAUGACAAAUUGUCCGUCAUUGAUAUUAUAUGUACCUGUAACAACAAUUCCGCGUUAAAUCUCUUAGCAAUAACGCCCUUAAAGGAACUGCUACAAUACAAAUGGUCUACAUUCGGAUAUAAAUACUUCCUGCUCUGCACUUUCCUGUACAUUUUGUACACUAUAAUCUUGACUUUAUGCUGCUUGUAUCGGCCUCUAAUGGAAGAAACUGCAGAUGGAGAAAAAAGAAAGAUCAUCACAAGGCCAUUUUAUGAUUCCUACAAAACACAGAAUGAUUAUGUUCGCUUAUCUGGGGAAAUAAUUGUGAUCCUGGGAGGCAUUUUAAUUCUUCUCAUUGAGGUUGCUCAACUGAUCAGAAAAGGGCCAAAGCGCUUUUUUGGAAACACAGUGAGAGGAGGACCUUUUCAUAUUAUCAUGUUCCUACAUGCCUGCUUCAUCAUAGCUGUAAUCACAACGAGACUAUUGCACAAUGAAGGCGAGACAAUAGCGAUGUCAUUGGCACUCAUAAGCGGAUGGUGUAAUGUGAUAUAUUUUGCCCGUGGAUUCAGAUUACUUGGACCCUUGUGUAUAAUGAUUCAAAAAAUGAUAAUGCAUGACCUCAUGAGAUUCUGUGUGAUCCUGUUUACCGUUCUCAUUGGAUUUGCAGCAGCUAUGAAUGUCCACUUUCAAGCCAUGAAUGUUACUGUUUUUCCAGCAUUCAGAGAUUUCUCCAUCACCCUCUUUACUUUGCUGCAGUUAAUGAUGGGUUUGGACAACUUACCGGUUCCACCAAAUGUAACAAUGCCAAAGAUCAUCAGCACUCUCUACCUGGUUUACAUGUUUUUUGCCUUUGUUUUGCUCUUGAACCUUUUAAUUGCACUGAUGACAGACACUCAUUUCCGUGUCAAUAGUGAGCGCACUAGAUUAUGGCAUGCACAGGUUGCAGCUACGACAGUCAUGUUAGAAAGAAUUGUCCCCAGUAGGCUAUGGGCAAGAACUGGAAUACCUGGAGAAAAGAUAGGUCUGGAGCCAGGAAAGUGGUACUUCAGGUAA